AUGGCGAAUGCUAAUGACUUGUCAGUGCUGCUGAAGCGGCUCGAGCGGGCGACAGCCCGUCUGGAGGAGAUGUCUGCAGGACGUGCCUCACAGGCCAAGGCGGCGGGCAGCGGCAAUUCCGGUGGGCUGUCUGCAGAUGCAGGGUCGGACCACCCGGCAGUGCGCGAGUACGACAGUGUGAUUGUGUCCCUGGCGGAGGAGUACGUGGCAUACUCGUCGCAGAUCGGCGACGUGGUCGGCACGCAGGCGGCAGCGGUGCAGCGGCUGGUGUCGGCGCAACGCAACUUUGUCCGGGUUGCAGUGCAGACGCGUAAGCCGGCAAUGGAGCAGCUGUCGUCGCUGCUUGGGCCGCAGCAGGCGGCGAUGACGGAGGCGAUCGCAAUGAAGGACCAGAACCGGGCGUCGGGGCUGUUCAACCACCUGUCGACGGUGGCCGAGGGCAUUGCGGCGUUCGGGUGGGUGGCGGUGGAGCCGACGCCAGUGCCAUAUAUCAACGACAUGAAGGACUCGGCGCAGUUCUAUGCGAAUCGCGUGCUGAAGGAGUGGCGCGACAAGGACGAGGUGCAUGCCAAGUGGGUGCGGGCGUUCCUGAGCCUGCUGCGUGAGCUGGCGGUAUACGUCAAGCAGUUCCACACGACCGGCGUGGCGUGGGCGCCCAAGGGUGGCGAUCCUGAGGGAGCUAUCCAGGCGCUCUCGGGUGAGGUUGCUGCUCCGGCUGCUGCACCAGCACCAGCACCGGCAGCAGGCGGCCCACCACCACCACCGCCUCCUCCCCCGGUCGUGUCUGACUUCAGCGAUGUGCAGGGGAACACUAGUGGAGCGCAGCAGAGCCGCGGGGCACUGUUUGCAGAACUCAGCAAGGGUGAGGGCGUGACGAGCGGGCUGCGCAAGGUGGACAAGAGCGAGAUGACGCACAAGAACCCAGCGCUGCGCGGCAGCGGCACAGUGCUUGAUAAGGCGAAGCCUGCCCCGGCAGCGGCGGCAGCCAAGGCAGCAAAGCCCAAGGGCCCGGCGCGCAAGGAGCUGCAGGGUAGCAAGUGGAUUGUGGAGAACUUUGGGGCAGAGCAGGUCACGAUCGAGGCGACGGAUAUGAAGCAGACGGUAUACAUCUACAACUGCACGGGCACGACGGUGCAGGUCAAGAACAAGAUGAACAGCAUCGCCAUCGACUCGUGUGUCAAGGUGGGUGUGGUGUUUGACGCACUGAUGGCGUCGUGCGAGGUGGUCAACUGCCGGUCGGUGCAGAUACAAGCAGUGGAGACGGUGCCAACCAUCCUCAUUGACCGUACCGACGGCGCCCACGUGUAUCUGUCAGAGGCAGCGCGCGACCAGACGCAGAUCACCACUGCCAAGGUGUCGGAGGUCAACAUCUCGUUCCCCUGGGAGACCGAGAACCCCGAGGACGACGACUUUGUCGAGCAGCCCAUCCCCGAGCAGUACCAGACCACGGUCCAGAACGGCAAGCUCGUGACCACCAUUCUGGAGCACACGGGCUAA